GUCGACACUCGAACCUUGAUUUCCAGACACUCCGUCGUCAGAGCACCCAGCAUCCUGAUACUUAAGCAGCACGAUGUCCCUCACUUUACUCAUCAUCAGCACUAGCACCCUCAGCCUCCGAACUGAAUAUCUAAAUCACACACUCGUCUCUAAACAAAUACCUCGAGAUGUCUUACACCACCCUCAACGUUAACACCCACUUCUCCCUCUUCGCCUCCCCGCCCGCAUCCUCAAACGCAUUCGCUGUUUUUGGUCAAACACAGUCCCCACGUGAAACACAUGCUAUGUAUGCAGAGCUCCGCCAGGUGCUUGGCGCUUCCAACGGGCAGAAAAAACAGGGCAAGAACGCGUUGAAGAAGAUAUUCGGUGCCAAAUAACAGGUGUCUACAACGCGCGCGCCUUUAAGCGCAUUAUCCCAUCCGAGACCAGCUCUCUCGCUUGAUGUGACGAGAUGAUCCUCGUCUUCCAAGCAACUCCACCAGAAUGCGGCACUUUUUACCACUGCCCUCUCAAACCAACCGGGUCAAACGCAGGCAUAACCACCAUAAGCCGUACACACCCCUUCAUGCGCGUUCGCAUCUAAAAAACUAUCCGACGUGUGGAUCGCGUCGUAGGGCGAGUCAUUCGGAAAUAAUUUGGAUGAGUGGGGAGGAAAUAGGAACGCUGCAUACUUAUUAGAACCCAAAAAAAAUGCAUCAGAUGCAGUCUCCCCGGUCUCAUUUCGAUCAUACUUAAUAUCUUAGGACUUGCUUCGAAACACUAAUGAAUUAAUUAAAUGCUAAUAAAAGUAUUAGAUAUAUG